CUCACGAUCAUCGAAUUCAUUCAUCCGAUUAACAAAAAUUCACAUUCACAUCUUCACAAACAAUCAAGUCAUCAUGGUUUCCAAAACUAAUCAAAUCAGACAUCCUUUACCACCACGUCCAAUCUCUCAUCAUCAUCAUCAUCAAAACAAAGAAAACCAACCGAUCAAACCAUCCAAGAAACCUAAUUUAAUAUCAUCUCAAUCCAUGAACCAACCAACUUCACCAUCAAAAGAACAUCGUCCAUCAUUCAAAUUACCCAACAAACCUACCUUUCAUUCAAAACCCAUCAAUCAACCAUCCAUUCAAGAUGACCAAACCCACACCAAUCCAUCCAUCAAAUCUAAUCACCAAAGGACCACCAAACCGAUCCAUACAAGAACAGACUCAAUCAGAUCGUCAAGUUCAACAUCAACUCUCUUAUCAUCUACAACAAGAGAAGACGCUAUGAUCCGUCGAAACUUGAUGUCUCCAACCGAAACCAAUCAACAAGAAAGAGUCUUAGCCAUUGUAAAAGUCAAACAAGCCGUGCUUGAAGCUAAAGCAAGAAAACUUCCGAAACUGGCUCAUCGAAGUUCGAAUGUCUAUACGCCUAAACCUUUGUUGUUGCCUUAUAAAUUAGCUAGAUCUGCUUCGGUGAAUUUAAAUCAUUCGAAACGGAUCAGUUUAAGAUCUAAUCUAUUAAACGAUCAAAUCAGUUCUCCUUCUAAUCUAACUGGAGAAAGACCUACUCAUAGACGUCAAUUGAAUUCCGAAUCAAUCAUCUUUAAUCAUAGAAGAAUGUUUACUGAAUCGAUGACGACUACUACAAACACUUCGCUUUCUUCACCUGACCAAGCUCUACCACCAAGGAUUUAUUCUCCUAGAUCUGGUUCUGGUCAUCGAAACCAUCAACUUAGUCCUGAUCAUAGAAGAUCUCAAUACGAUUCAUUUUAUCAGUUGAUCGGACCUGAGUCUGAAUCGCUUGGUACAAGUUUUACACAUGAUCAUAGGUUUCGUGCUCAUUCUACAGAUCGUCGACGCGAUUCAACCAAUUCAGUGUUGUUGUCACCUGUUACGAUUGGUUCAUCAUCGACUUCCUGGAACACACAAACCGAUCUAGACCCCGUCCAACUUCCAAAACCUACCCAUAGCGCACUAAGAAUAACCACAGAAGCUCCAAUUGGAAAUCGAGAUUUGUCUAAAGAAACUAAGCUUAAGAAACUAAGGUCCUGUAAAUCAGAUGGAUCAAUCUGUUUAAAACCUUCAAAGGUUUCAUUGAUUUCUUUAAACAAUCAACCUAUCUUAUCACAAAGAAACCUUUCCUAUUCUCAAUCUAUUUCCCAGAAUUUAAGUGAUCUAAGCACUGGAAAGGAUGGGAAGGAUGGAAAUGGGAAGGUGACGGCUAUUGGGAAAUUGAAAUCGAUCUUGGAAGAGAAUGAAGAUGAAGUAGAAUUCGAUUUGGAAAAAGAAAUUGUAGAUCGGUUGUUAAAGUUUAAAAGGUUGGUUUGGAAUUGAAGAACAAGAUGGAUUUUGUAUAUUCAUGGGAAGGUUUGGUGGGUUUUUCGCCCAGUUGGAUCGGUUUUGGAUCUCUUUAAAAUUCAUUCUUUUUUUUCGAAAUCGUUUUUUUUUUCUUCUUCUUUUUCUUCUUUUUCUGGAAGGGAUUAGU